AUGUCCCCACCGUUCGACUUUUGCCCCUACGCAAGACACGAUAAAGUAAAGUUGAUCCUCACAGAUCCGACCCCGCCAGCAGCAUCAGACCCAUCUAACACCAAAGCAAACACAACUCAUGCGCUAGCACAGUGGCUCUACGAUUUCGCCUUCAAAGAGACGGAGCCUGAACACCCACUCCGGAGCAAGCUCCCAUCCAACUUGCCAACCACCGAGCCAGCUCGCACUCGAGAAAUAGCCCACGAGUUCCUGGCCAGGAAUUCGACGAUCCUCGUGGACUAUUAUCAGUGCGCGGAGCUGGUCGGGCCGUAUGCGAAACUGUGGAUGGAUUAUAUCGAGUGGCAAGCGCCCAAGCUCAGCCUCGUCAAGAAGAUCUUCCUGGCGUGGAUUUGGGACCGGGAUAUAUUGGUGAAAAAGUGCGCGCAGCUCGCUAUUGAGCAGGCGACUCGGCCGGUGGAUAGAGAGGGUCUACGGAUUGCGCAGCCUUUGAUCGAUAGCAUCAACCGCUGGCGAUCCCGAGCCAUCUACCGCGUCCUGAAAACUAUACGCAGGGCAAAGAACCCCGAAGUGUGCAAGCUGCGCUUCCGACACGAGUCUGAUCCUAGCCUCUAUGACCUUUUGCGCAAGAGUAUCGACGAGAAGAGUAUCCGCGACAACUACAACCCCCGUAUCGUGUCCCAGUCCGCGUCUCAGCCAGCCACCAUGGAGGCGUACAGCUUCCACUCCGGCGAGCGGGUCAUCUUCGUGAUGACUGAAUGUUUUAUGAUCUCUUGUUCACUGUGUCCACAAUUUGAUCACUGA